AUGGCCGUGACGAAGUCACGAGGCAUCUAUUUGUCACGAGAUCAUGACCCAGAUCCCAGUAAUGAUGGAAUAAGCGAUGGUAAGUAUGAGAUCAUAGUAAAUGAUUAUUUAAGAGUAUUGGAUCGAAAAGCUGUUCUGCCUCUUUUGUCUUUGCUGCUAGCUCGACGAAAGUCUAGCUUUGUCGAUGAUAGCCCGGGCGGACAACCCGGUUGGAUAUCGAAUGAGUACAGUAGUGAUCGAUGCUAG